UGUGUGGUUGAAAAGAAGAGAGAAAAUGUAUUUUGAAGAUAAUGGAGAUCAAACAAGUGCAGAAGAUACAUCUUCAAUUAAAUCACUAGAUUUGGCAAAUCUUGCUGAUAUUGAUUGCUUAAAGAAAAAGGAAAAUAAACAAUAUACUUUUGUUUAAUCUGAUCCUGUUCCAAAUGGAAAGAAAAAGUUCAUUAUAAAAAGGUGUAUUUAUAUAAAAUUAUGGAAUGACCAAUAACAAUACAAUCAAACAUGAUAAAAACCCUAUAACCGUGAGUCACAUUUUUGUAUAGUUCACGAUCAUUUUUUCCCCUUUUCAAUCAUGCUAUCAUCUUCCUAUAUAUGGUAACUCGGUGCUAAUGCAUAUCACCUGAAAGUAUCCAAUUCAAGAAAAAUGCCAUUGCCUAAUGGAGAAGUACAAUUUAGUGAGCUUCUUCGUGCUCAAUCUCACGUUUGGAACCAUAUUUUCAAUUUCAUAAAUUCCAUCUCUCUCAAAUCUGCAAUCCAAUUAGGCAUACCAGAUAUUAUCCUUAAACAUGGCAAACCAAUGACACUACCUGAAUUAGUCGAUAUCCUCCGUAUAAAUAAAGCAAAAGCACAUGGUGUGUACCGUCUAAUGCGAAUUCUAAUCCAUUCGGGGUUCUUCAUCGAAGAAAAAAUUUCUCAGAAUGAAGAAAAGAAGGGAUAUUGGCUAACAUCAGCUUCUCGUCUCCUCCUAAAAGAGGAGCCAUUUAGCUUGGCCCCACUUCUUCUAGUUGUGCUUGAUCCGUUUUUAACAGAGCCAUGGCACUACGUAGCUGAAUGGUUAAAAGAUGACCAUCCCACGCCAUUUAGUACGCUACACGGGAGGAGCUUCUGGGCCUAUGCUGGCCAGGAUCCGAAACUGAACCACUUAUUCAACAAUGCAAUGGCUAAUGAUUCACGGUUGAUUACAAGUGUGGUUAUUAGAGAUUGUAAACAUGUAUUUGAGGGUCUGAAUUCCAUUGUAGACGUAGCAGGUGGGACCGGGACGAUGGCCAAGGCCAUUGCUGAAACGUUUCCAAACUUGAAAUGCACCGUGCUUGAUCUUCCACAUGUUGUUGCUGGCUUGAAAGGGACUAAGAACUUAUGCUACGUCGGAGGAGACAUGUUUGAGACUAUUCCUAAUGCAGAUGCAAUUUUACUCAAGUGGAUAUUACAUGACUGGAGUGAUGAAGAGUGCAUAAAGAUAUUGAAGAAAUGCAAAGAAGCGAUACCGAGCAAGGAAGAAGGAGGGAAACUGAUAAUUAUCGACAUGGUUGUCGUCGACAAUCAAAAAGAAGAAGAAGAAAUAAUUGAAUCCCAACUCUUCUUUGACAUGAUGAUGAUGGUUGCCGUUGGUGGAAUAGAGAGAGAGGAGAGAGAAUGGAUGAAGCUCUUGAAAGCUUCUGGCUUCUCUCACUACAAGAUAAUCAAUAAAUUGGGAUCCAGAUCUCUCAUUGAAGUUUACCCUUCUUGAUAUAUAUGAAUAGAAAAUGUUAAUUGUUUGUCAUAAUAUAUUGUUUGUAACACUUUCUAUGAGGUGUACUAUGUCAUUUGUCGUU